AUGUUGUGUCUUCUUACUGUGACAUCAUCAUUUGCUGCAGCAUAUGAAAUAUUUUACGAUGAAUCUUUAACUCCACGACAAGAUUCAACAAUUAAUGAUAAACCACUUGAUUUACUGGGUUUACUCGAUCGAAUCGCGUUCGUAUGUGAUGAUGACAGCGUAAGAAAUUUAUUAUGUUAUGAACAUACCCAUACAACUGGUUUAAGAAUGUUAGGCAUCAUGCAAAUGGAUAUGGAUAUUCAGUUAAUGCUCGAAGUCAAAUAUGAUUAUGUCAAAAAAUUACGACGAGCUCAAACAGAUAAUCAAGCAGACAGUUUAGUUGUUUUUGAUCAAUUAGCAAUGGCACGAAAUCAUGUUCUAGUCAAUGCUGAAGUCAUAGGUGGUCCCAAUGAAAAAAUUGUACCAUCUUGGACAAUGAAUGAAACCGAUGCAGCUUGUCCCUAUCCGUUAUUUGGCGAAGGCGAUGUUCCAGACUUUUAUAAAAUAAAAAUAUCCUAUGCUAAUAGUAAAUUAGAUGAUAGUGAAUUACUUCGAUUAAUAAGAAAUUCUCGUCCAGAUCGUCUGGAUGAUAGAUGGUUGACAAAAUGUCGUCAUGUAUUCAUGUCAGCAUUGAAAAGUCAAGCACAAGAUAUACCAGUUCAAUUAAUGUCAGAUCUAUUGGAUGCUGUUGUAGAUAUUUAUGAAAAAAUUCAUAUCGACGUAUUAUUCAAUAUGAACAGAGAUUUAUCAUCUUCAACUUCGUCAUCCACCACAGUUCUUAAAAAUGAAAUUACAAAAUUGUCGGCUAAUAGUGGUUUGACUAAUUUACAAGAACGUGGUGUUCAAAAAGCAAUUAACUAUGGAGCUCAGAUUGGUCUUGUUCAUGAUGUCAAUUUAGCCAAACAAAAUGUCACAAAAUUACUUAAAGCUGUUAAAAGUCAUUUGAAACAACGUUCACAAUCAAUUCGACCAAAUUUAUCAUUAAUCAAUGGAUCAAGCAUGAAUGAAAUCAAACUGAAUUUUAAUCAAUCAAUCGAUUAUCCCGGUUAUGAUUGGUUUGUAACAAGUAUAUUUUUUUUAAUGCAUUGUGACGAAGUACGAGCUUGGCGUUGGCUAAGAACAUUUUCAUUAUUAUUACCAUCGGGAUUUCUUUGGUGUGCACGUUUAUAUAAUUCGCCAUUUAUUAGUGCCGAUAUGGUGCAAUACACAAUUCAUCCAAUAUACGCUGGCACGACGCAUGCUGUUGAACUUAUUAUUGAAAAUGAAAUGUCACAAGUAUUUUUUGCAUUUCGAAUGUCCGGUUUAGCACCAUCUCACAUUGCCUAUCAAUGGAUAAAACAAUGUUUUUGGAAUUAUCUUGAUUGGCCAGAAAUUGUUACAUAUUUAACAUUAUGUAUUUUAUAUGGUAUUGAUUAUCAAGUUUAUUACUGUGUAUCUAUAUUUAAAUAUUUACAAAAUGAUAUCAUCAAACAACAUUCCGCAAGAAAUUUAUUACCAUUUUUAAAGUGUCAUCAAAUUCGUGGUUUUAGUGCCAGAGAUUAUAUUGAUUUUAUGGUUUCACUUGAAAAACGUUAUCGUUCGAUAUUAAUGCCCGAAUUGAAAGAAUUAGUUUGUUUUAGUACGAAUAAUCGUAACACAAAUUAA